AUGGUGGUUAAAACCAUCUCAGCAACGGACCACGCCUCCGACCUCGCUGAGGUGUUCGCCCAGAUCAGGAAGCACACCAUGCGCCUCAACCCGGAGAAGUUCUUACAGAGGCCGGAUCACAAUACCGACCUCCUUCUCUACCUAGCGGUGGCAGAAAACGCCAUCGGAGCUGUCAUCGUACAAGAACACCAAAAGACACAGACGCCUAUCUACUUCAUCAGCCGAGUCCUCCAAGACGCGGAAAGAAGAUACCAGAUGAUCGAGAAGCUGGCGUUGGCACUGGUCACCGCAGCCCGGCGACUCCGACCCUACUUCCAGAGCCACCAGGUGGUAGUCAAAACUAACUACCCCAUCAAACAAAUUCUACGAAAACCUGAGCUCGCCGGACGUAUGAUUGCCUGGUCGAUAGAACUGUCCGAGUUCGGCAUCCAGUACGAAAACCGUGGACCCCUGAAAGCCCAGUGCUUAGCCGAUUUCGUAGCCGAGCUCACGCCAGCUACUACUGAGGAAUCCCAGGCAUGGACCCUACAUGUUGACGGGUCCUCCAACUCCAAAGGUGGGGGUGCAGGCAUCAUUCUAGAAGGGCCGAACCAAGUCACCCUGGAGCAAUCCCUCAAGUUCGACUUCAAAGUAACCAAUAACCAGGCAAAGUACGAGGCGCUCCUUGCCGGUCUGAGGCUAGCCCACGAUCUCGGAGCUCGAAGAGUGAACUGCAACAGCAACUCGAAGCUCAUGGUAGAACAGCUCAGUGGGACAUACCAGGCAAAAGACACCCUCCUACAGCAGUACUUCCACAUUGCAUCCCGCCAGAUCUCAUCUUUCGACGAAUUCUCCAUAAAACAUGUACCACGAGAGCAAAACGCCAGAGCAGACCUCCUAUCAAAACUCGCCAGUACUAAACGGCCAGGUCAACACCGAACCAUCAUCCAGGAAACCCUGCACUCACCUAGCCUAGACGACAAAAUCGUCAAUGUCAACGACAAUGAAGAACGGGGAUGGAUGGCGGACAUCUGGAACCACCUGAAAGAGGGGACCCUGCCCAAAGACAAAGACGAAGCACGAAAGGUGAGAAUGAGAUCAGCCAAAUUCAUCAUCAUCGAUGAUGAAUUAUUCAAACGUGGGAUUUCCACUCCACUGCUCAAAUGCCUGACCACAUCUCAAGCAACCUACGUCAUCAAGGAAAUCCAUCAGGGGAUAUGCGGAAUGCACUCCGGAGCGCGCUCAAUGGCAGCCAGGGUACUCCGAGCUGGGUUCGGGAUCCCCCACACCAUCAUUACCGACAAUGGACGACAGUUCAUCGCAGAAGAAUUCGAGAACUUCCUCUAA